AUUCUUGUAGGAAAUGACCCAAUGAAAAGCGCCAGAGGCGUACACUGAAUUUCACAGUAAGGAGCGGGAACUUGAAAGCGGGAAAGACUCGCAGUUUGUUUGUUAUGGAAAUGUAAAUUCGCUGUUCCCAAGCGGUUUUGCUGAAAUGCGAGAGAGAACAAAGAAGACAUGAGACUUUACAUCCGUAACAAAGAAAAAUAUGAUCCUUCAAAGGCUGGCAAGGCGUUGGUAUUUGUGGAAUUUCCAGAUCCUCGCGUGUUUUCAGUUGGGCAAGUGAAGGAGGAAUUCAAAAAGAAAGCCAGGGCGGCAAAAAUUGACUCUUUGUAUUUCCGUCAAGAUGAUGGUUCCUAUGAGGUCUUAGCUGAUGACCGGACCAUAGGCUUCUACAAUAUACAAGACAAUGCUGUUCUGGAAACAACAAGCAAUCCUCUUUGGGCUGCUACCAUCUACUAUAGAUUGCGGGAAGUGGAAAGAGAUGCUGCCAAUCGUGCAGAUGAUCCAAGGGCUGCUAGAGGAUUGGAGCAGUCAUUGAUUCAGAAGUUUAUGGCAUUGGGUAUUCUCUUUAAUGGAGGAAACAAUCAUGAAAGGCAACAGCCUCCAUACUUUGAAGAGUUGGACCAGCUAUUUGAACAUCUUCAAACUGCAGGCAAAAAGCCAGUCCACAUGUCCCAACAAACCUUGGAUACCCUGCAACAACUAAAAGAUGAGUAUGAACAAAACGACAUCCAUGAAAAAGACUCCAUUGGUCACUUUGUUCGUAGACAGGCUGUGAAAUUAGGACUUACUGCAAAUGAAUCAAAUGGAAAUGGUGAUGACCACAGUAAUGGAGAAGUGCAGAGACCUCAGGGUGCAGUCACCAGAGGUGGAAGAGGAAGAGGCAGCAACAGGGGUAAAAGGCCUAGUGGAGCUGGCAGAGGUGGCAGGAGAGCACCUCAGAAGCAAAGGAUGUGUGAAGACUGUGAGGAGAAUGCAGCUACUCAGUUCUGUGCUGACUGUCAACCACCAUUGGUUCUGUGUGAUAACUGUGCACUUGUGCUACACAGGGGAGUCACAAGAAGAAAUCACCAGUUGAAAGAUGUCUCAGAAGCACCUGCCCCUGCAAAGGGCUACACACCUAAGGCAUACAGAGCACCAUUUGCCAUGCUAGUGGCAUUUCAUAGGGCUUCUAAUGAAGUUCCCAGCAAAAUGAGUUUAAAUGCAGAAGACCUUAAAUCCAGAGCUCAACCUCUAACAAACACAGAUUUGGAAAUCAAACAGGGAAGAUGGUUUGGAGGCUUUGACUCACUUGAAAAUGCCUUGAUGAAGAAUGAGCUUGUACAAAAGGAAGCAGAAAUACCAAAGUAUUCUCUUGUGGAAAAGGGCUUGCCCUUAGCUGCAAGGUGCUCAGAAUUUGAUUAUGCUGUUCAGAAUCUCACUCAGUCAGCCUCAGUUCCAACCAUACCAGUCAUGGCAGCAAGGCCAGUAUUCAGAAAUCGCCAAGUGUGCUUGUUAGUUGACAGUGAAGAACCAUUGAGGGAGCGUUUUGUUAGAGUGGCACUACAGAGAGGACUGUCAGCAAAAACAAGAAAGCUCCCUGUGGGAGAUUUCCUGUGGGUUCUGCUUCCUCCUGGAGUGAAUCCUGACACAGUCAGAGAUAUGCCAGAACAGGAACUGGUUCUUCCCAUGCUUGUAGAGAGGAAAACAUGGGAUGACUUGUGGUCUAGUCUCAAGUCCACAAGAUUUGUGAAUCAAGUUCACAGAAUGAAGAAUUGUGGUUUAGAGAAUCUUUUCUAUUUGGUGGAGGGUAGUCCUAAAGAGCUGAAAGGAAACCCAGGGCCUGAGGUGGAGAGUUUUCUGCAGGACAAAAUUGACAGUCUACUUUUAGAGGAUCAGUUUCUUGUGAACCGCACUGGCUCAUGGCUCAAAACGGUGGAAUGGCUUUGUCAUUUAACUAACAUGGCCAUAGAAGCUCUGCUGUCAGAAAGAAGUCCCAGUUUAGUGACAUACAGUGAAUUUUCGAAGGGAGGGAAAUCAAAAAGGUGCCUAACCACUGUUGCUUCAACAUCAGCUGUUCCAGCUACUUCCACUGUUUGGUCAGCAACUGAGUUUACAGAUAUUAUAAGAAGUCAUAGUCAUGGUGGAAAUGAGCUCCACAAUCUCCCUAUCAGCUGCAAAAAAGAAAGAUCUUUAAUUGUGAUCCAAGGCCUUACUCUUUAUAAUAAGCAAUGUCACAAGCUACUGGACAAAGUACUUGCUGACCUCUUGGAGAACUCACAUCAAACUGCUGAAGCAUGUGUUCAAAGACAUCUCCAGGGUGUCACAGACCAGCUGAUUCAUGAGGAUGUUCCACAGUGGUACAUUCUUUGGCUACAGGUUUUUAAAGGAGUGAUAGUGCGUAGAACAGACACUGAGGAAGAGUCAGCAGAAAUUUUGGGGAAGUUUUAUCAAACCUCAACAGGUGGUGAAGAUGCUCCUCUUCCAUUUAACGAUGAAAGUGGUCAUAUUAUUGGACAAAAGGAGGAAGGGCUGCCUGAGGAUGACCUCAUGUUCGCUACGGAUUCUCAAGAAGAAGAUGCAAUGAUCCGCCAGGCUUUAAGAGCAUCACAGUAUAGAGAUAAGACUCCAGGGGAAGUCUUACACUCUUCCUUGGUUAGACCCCCUAGCAGCUCCACAACAAAACCAUCAGUUGAGCAGAUGACUUCCAGCAGUUCAGACCAUGGAUUGCAGCCAUUUUUUCUGGAUUCCAUGAAUGAAAGGGAACAGCUUGAUUUAGCUAUGCAACUCAGCAAAGCAGAAAAUGAAGCAGGUCCAUAUCACAGUGGACACAUUCUAGGUCAUGGUGAAUCCUCUGCCAAAACAUUAGGAACAAGCUGUGCAUUAGAACAACACUCACACCCUCCUGUUAGGCCAAGAACUAAGAAUGAUGUACGUAAAUCAACACAUACAACUGUUUAUGAUAGCAAGAUAGAGAGUGAUGGUACAAAUGAUGAACUUGAGGAAGCCUUGAAACAAAGCUUGGAAGAGUUUCAAAACAUGAAACAAAAACAGGUUGAUAGGAGCCUCAUGUCUGCUUCAAUCAAUGACCUGGAGAAAGCUUUGGAACUGAGCAGAUUGGAAUAUGGUCCGCCAAGGAACAACAUAGUGCGACAACCAGGUAAUACAGGUGGCCCAUCUGACAUGGAUGAAGAGCUUCAAAGAGUAUUGGAAUUAAGUAAGCUGGAGGCUGAAGAAAAGAGACAAAAGGAUCACUGUGUUGAUAUGGCUGAUGCACACAGAGCUUUGCAAUUAAACCAAACAGAGGUGCAGCAAUCAAAAAAAAGAGAAAGUACCAACCAAGAGCAAAGCAGAAAAGAUACCACAAGAGGUUGUGACAAUAACCUACAAAGAGCCGUAGGACAAAGCAGAGUGGAAUAUGAGAAAUGCAGUUCAGAUGCUGUGAUAAGUUUGAAUGAAGAGAGUCAACCAAAGGCAAAUAUUACUCCAGAUGACAGAGAACUAGGAAAAGAUCCUGUAUCCAAACAUGAUGAAGAUUUGGCCAAAGCCUUAGAAAUAAGCAGAACAGAUUCUGAGCAUCAGGCAUGGAAUGACAAGGCAAAACAAAACAGUUUAGUGAAGAGCACAGUGCAAGAUUCACAGAUAGAGGAUGGUGUAGCAAAAGCAUUGGAACUGAGCAAAACAGAAUACAGAAAGUCUGAAGACAGCACUGGUUUGCUCCCUAUGCUUGGAAACAAAGAACAAACUGAGGACAAAGAUCUUGAAAGGGUCUUAAAGCUAAGCAGAAUUGAGUAUACCCAAUCCACCAAUUAUAGUCGGGAUGGGAAGCAGAAAGACUCUGAUUCAGAUAUAACUAUUUUAGAAGAAAGUGUUCAUGAUGUUACCCCAAGGGAAAGAAAUGUACCUGCUCUAAAACUGAACUGUCCUUCAACUGCAGUGAAGGAUCCACUUUUGCUUGAUGUUGAUGACAAUGAUGUUGUUCCUUCUAGUGUAACCUCUGAAUGGGAUCCAUAUAAUGAAAGUCGGGAUAUGUUUAAUGCAUUGGAUCAUGCCACACCAGUGGGAAGCUCAAAGUGUUCUGCAAUUUUGCUAGAUUCACAGGAACUUGAUGAUUCAGAAGACCUUCCAGUUGAAGACAUUACCAAAACUAACAGGAAACAGCUAUUCCUUUUAGAAGAAGAAAACAGCAUUGAUGAUGAUUUUGCAUAUGCAUUAAAAGUCCAAGAAGAGCUGAAUAAACAAGUUAAGAGUGCCGAUAAUCAGCACAACAUACCAAGGGCAACUGGUCAUGAGCUUGAAGACCAACUCACUUGUUAUCGCCAGUCACAGAAAGAAAAAUAUGGUACAGUCUCUGGGAAGGGAGACAAAUUGUCACGUGGACUUGAUUUCAGGAGAAAUGUGGCUGCAAUUGCAUGUGGCAAACCAGUGCAAAUUGGUAUUGCUAGUCCCAUUAGUAGGUCAGGUCAUUCUCAAAGGAAGCAGGAUUCACACAGGGUUCUUGGCAAUAAGUCAUCUCCUGCUAGCAGAAUCGAAAGUGGCGAAUGUGAUUAUUCUCCUAAAAAGCAGGGUCCCCACAAAGAUGAAGUAUAUCUCGUAAGGGAUGAUGAGGAAAGAUGUAGAGCAGCUGGUUACACAUCAAGGAGUAUGAUGAAAAGUAGUGAUGAGAGGUCAUUUGCCUCCCAGUCAGGAACUACAGCAUCUCCAAGGCNUAUUGACCAUCAUCUAAAGUUCAUUCACCUUCUGUUACACCUUCACAAUCAAGAGAUUCAUGUCAUUUUAAAAGCAGCUGUGACAAGCCAAUGGGACCAAAGUGUGGAGCUUGUGGAGAAGUGGGACACAACAAAAAUUCAAAAAUGUGCUCUCAUUACUUCUCCCCAGAGGCUGUUCAAAGACGAGAGCGCUAUAAUCCUGAAUGAUGAACAAUCAAGGAAGAGGAAAGCAAGGAAAGAGGAGGAAGAAAGAGACUUAACUGAUCGUCUGGGUGCAUUGGCUGCUCAAAGAUUGGUAAUGGAGGAACGAACUAGAACCAUAGGUGAACAACUAGAUGAGCUAAGAAGACAAUCUGAAAACCUGGCAAACACCCAAAAGAUGGUAGAGGAUAUCAACCCUCAGCAGCACCAUCUGCUUGUCUACACAAGACUGUCCACAGUGGAUUGUGAUGGCUUCAAGGUUUCAAAUAACCUAAAGGCCAAAGAGCCUGGUGUCUUACCGACUUGGAGAGUGUGUUAUGAGAACAACAGCAAAAUGCAACUGAUAGUGCCAAAGGCUGGUAGCAACUGGUUUUUAACAACUAUUGUGUUGUUAGUUUUGAAGUUGUUAUUUGAAGGUACAGCACAAACUGGCAACUUGUUGAAAGAAUGUUCAUGUAGAUGUCUCAUUUUGAUGGUAUUGUUUCUAAUGCAGCCAUCAUCUAAAGUUCAUUCACCUUCUGUUACACCUUCACAAUCAAGAGAUUCAUGUCAUUUUAAAAGCAGCUGUGACAAGCCAAUGGGACCAAAGUGUGGAGCUUGUGGAGAAGUGGGACACAACAAAAAUUCAAAAAUGUGCUCUCAUUACUUCUCCCCAGAGGCUGUUCAAAGACGAGAGGAACAAUCAAGGAAGAGGAAAGCAAGGAAAGAGGAGGAAGAAAGAGACUUAACUGAUCGUCUGGGUGCAUUGGCUGCUCAAAGAUUGGUAAUGGAGGAACGAACUAGAACCAUAGGUGAACAACUAGAUGAGCUAAGAAGACAAUCUGAAAACCUGGCAAACACCCAAAAGAUGGUAGAGGAUGUAAUAAAACGGAAAAGAAAGCGGUAAAGGGAGUGGCAGCAACGAAGGCUAAAAUAAGUCAGCAUUCAACCAAUAUGAAAAGAAGUAUUUUAUUACUGUAUGAUGAGCACAGUACUGUUAUCUUCAUUGUUAUCAACUUAUAUGCGUUUGUUCACUUGUUCCAGUUUCUUUUGUUAGCAAUCAAAUUGUUAGUUGUUGGUAACUUCAAUAUUGCCAUGAACUGCACAGUGCCAAACUGUUGCAAAUUAAUAUGUCCUGUUUUCAAGGAAUUUGUAUCAAGUCUGUAUAUACACCAUUCAAUAAUAGUUGACUACUUACCAUCUUUAGAGAAUGUAGAUUUUUAAUGAAAUGAAAUGUUAUAAUUUUUACUACAGGAAAAAAAAACAUAAAACUAUUCUUGCAUGUUUCAUUACAUUUUGUAAGUUUUAUUUCAUAUGUAUAAUUUAAAAGGGGGAAAAUAUUUUAAGAUUAAUAAUACUUUCAUAUGUUUUAAAUGCCAAUAUGCAAGGAAAAGUAGUGUUGUUGUUAAAUGAAAACUAGUACAAUAGUGGGCAACUUCGUAUCAAAAUAUAUAUGCUACCCGGCUUCCUUUCUUGUCACUCUGGCUUGGCAUCCUUCAAUCUUACUGCAUUUCCUCACAAAACAAACAAAAACUCCAUUGUCAAAGGUUAAUGUGCAUAGUAAAGGGUAAAUUGCAUGGAGUAGUGAUGUAAGUGCCUCAAUAAAAGACUUGAAAGAAAGACAAAACAAGGUAACACAUAUACCUCAUGCAACUAGCUGUCUUUCAAGUCUUGUUUUUAUUGCUCUGUUCCUGUUCAUGUUCCAAUCAUAUAUAGCCUUUGUAUGUCUAGCUACAGCUGUAGUUGAUGAAAAAUUCAUGAAUAUUAUUUUAGCCUUGUAACCUGAUCAAUAAAAAUGCCAAAAAGA